UUCACCACCAGUCUAAAGAAUGAGCGCUGUCGAUGUCCAAAUGAUGAGCCCUCCGGCCAUGGAUGGCAUCAUCCACGCCAUGAAUGGGCAUGGUGACUAUGCUCAUGUGCCAACUCAACCCAAGUUCGCCAGCGGCCUCAUUCUGCCACCCCCGGAGAUCAAAUCUGUCAUUGAUCGUACAGCGAACUUUGUUGCGCGGUCUGCCAAUCCGCCUCAAUUCGAAGACAAAAUUCGCGAGAACCAGCGUCAGGACCCAAAGUUCUCGUUCCUCAAUCCGGCCGACCCUUAUCAUGCUUAUUAUAGGCAUCGCAUGGAAAAGAUUGCACGCGGAGAGCUGGAAGAAGAGACAGUGCCCGAAAAGGAGGAAAAGAAAGCGGAAGGUGUGGUCGAAGAACGAGAGGUGGACAAGGGAAUAGAGCCGCCGGUGUCCGAAUUCAUCCUCAACAUACCGAAUAUCACGGCAAUUGACUUAGACAUCAUGAAGUUGACCGCCUUGUUCACUGCUCGACGGGGACGUGCAUUUCUCGCUGCUCUGUCCCAGAGGGAAGGACGCAACUACCAGUUCGACUUCUUGAGGCCGGACCAUUCACUCUUUGGCUAUUUCAACCGGUUAGUAGAGCAGUAUUCGAAGGUUCUUCUGCCGAGUAAGGAAAUGUUAGCGCAAUUGAAGGAACGUACGCAAGAAGGAGCUCGAUGGAAGGAGCUCGAGAUUGCCAGGAAGCGUGCUCGUUGGGAACAAAUGAAACGCGAGAGAGAGAAGAAGCGUGAGGAUGAUAAAGAAGCGGAAAGAAUCGCUUUCGCGGAGAUCGACUGGCAUGACUACGCUAUUGUGCAGACCAUCGAGUUCACCGCGGCUGAUGCGACAUCUGAGCUCCCACCUCCUAUGAGUGUCCAAGAAGUCGAGAACAUGACGCUGGCGCAGAAGAGAAUGGCCGCCAUGAUUAUGGAGACUACGCAAGAAGAUGUCGAUGCACAUCGUGCUCGUCAAGCCGCUGCGGAGGCCGAAGCAGCAGCGGCAGUUGGCAACACAGGCGUCGCACCUGCAGAGGAGAUGACAAUGGAGCAGAUUGAUAACGAAGAAAAAGAAGCUCGGGAGCGCAAGAGGCGUGAGGAGGAGGAACACGCAAGAGAGGUAGAGAGAGCUCGAGCUAUCCAGGCAAGCUCUCUUGAUGCAGGAGCUCCUAUGAAGAUUAGGACGGACUAUGUUCCGAAAGUCGGCAAGAAGACAACGGAGAAUAUGACCACCUGUACCAUCUGUGGUCAGCAGGUCCCAGUCGACGAGUUGCAGGAGCACAUGCGCAUAGAGUUGCUUGAUCCGAAGUGGAAAUCACAGCGUGAUGCGCUUGAAGCCCGCAAAGCACAGUCAUCCGAGCUGCUGCGUGGCGCGAACGUUGUGUCAUCGCUCAAGAACCUUGCACGCACUCGUGUAGAUAUCUUCGGAGCCGAAGCAGACGAAGAGAAACGGAAGAAGGAAGAAGAGGAAGAGAGGUUGCGCAGAAGAGAAAGGGAGAAACUCGUCUGGGACGGUCAUACCGCUUCCAAAGCGAACACGCUCGACAAAUUCUCUACGAAUGCCAAUUUCGACGAGCAGAUCGCUGCAAUUCACCGUGCCAAGGGCCUUGCACCACAAGAGGCUGGUGCCAUUGGUCCUGGCAUCGGUCCUGCUGCCGCCCCAGCGCCUCUGACCUCGUUGCCGCCGCCGCCUGCUUCCCUCCCGGCGCCGCCCAUGCAAGGCGGCGCCCCUGCUGAUGCUGCCUACUCUGCCGCGACGGUCUCGUCUGGCCCACAGCCUGCCUCGUUGUUCCCUUCUCAACCUGCGCCCGUCAUGCUGCCUCCUUUGCAUUACCAAGGGCUUGACGCAGCGCAGCCGUUCGGAUACCAGCCCCCACCCGCAGCCGCUCCAAUCAUGCAUCCCGCCAGGGUCGCUGCGCUUGCAGGCUCGCCCGUCGCCGUUGGGACACCACCGCAGGCCGGCAUGGUGCGCAGCGCUGAUGAGAUGGAGGGUGCGGUCGACGAUAUUCCCCCCGCUAAGCGGCAGAAGAUCGCGAAGAUCCCUGGACAACAGAUUUACUCUGAGGAGGAUUGGAUCAACAUGCACCCACAUCCGAUUUCUUUGGUGGUUCAGUUGCCCAAUGACCCGUCAAAGCUCGAGUGGAAACUAGACGGCAGGGUCAUCACUAUUCCCGAUGUCCCCGUCAACUUACUGGUAGCGGCGCUGCGUGACCGUAUCGUGCAGCACACCGGCACCUUGCCCGUAUCCUCAAUGCGACUUGCAUAUGCGGGCAGAAUGUUGACCAACGCUAAUACCCUUGCGAGCUACAACGUUGAAGACGAGGAACUGAUAACGCUGAGCGUGCAGCAGAAGAAGAGGCGGUAA